AUGGGUUUUCCAGUAGUAGAGCCAAAGCUUCCAGUCCUGGAUUUCUCAAAGGAGACUUUAAAGCCUGGCACAAAAUCCUGGGAAUUGGCACGUAAAGAUGUUCAACGAGCAUUCGAAGAAUAUGGCUGUUUUUUAGUAACGUACGAAGCAAUUUCUUGCGAGCUUCGAAAUGCAAUGUUUGGCGCUUUAGAGGAAUUAUUUGAUCUCCCAACUGAAACCAAAAUGAAAAAUAAAUAUGAAAAGCCCCUCAAUGGUUACGUUGGACAAAAUCCAGUAGUUCCCCUCCACGAGAGCCUAGGCAUCGACAAUGCAACGGCUAAAGAGGGAAUACAAUCUUUCACGAAUCUUUUGUGGCCCGUGGGAAAUGACCGAUUCAGUGAAUCUGCACACUCAUUCGCAAAAUUAGCCGCGGAAAUAGACCAAAUCGUGACAAGAAUGAUUUUCGAAAGCUAUAGCUUGGAGAAGUACUAUGAAGCUUAUAUUGGGUCUAUCACUUACCUUCUUAGACUGUUGAAACAUAAUGCACCACAAGGUAAUGACCCUCAGCUUGGCUUUGUUGCACACACUGACAAGAGUUUCACAACCAUACUCCACCAAAAUCACGUCAAUGCCUUGGAGGUGGAAACAAAGAACGGAGAUUGGAUCAAAGUCGAGCUAUCGCCUUCCUCAUUUGUUGUUUUCGCGGGUGAUGCCCUAAUGGCUUGGAGCAAUGACAGAAUAGUAUCUCCAAAACAUCGAGUUGUGGUAAGCGGGAAUGAAGACAGAUAUUCGCUUGCGCAAUUUUCAUUUGGGGACGGCAUGGUAGAAGUCCCAGAAGAGCUUGUGGAUGAACAACACCCUUUAAAGUAUAAGCCAUUCAAUCAUCUUGGCUUCCUAGGUUUCUUUGCAGAAAAUGCUUACAAGAGGUUGGAGUGUCCAAUUAAAGCCUACUGUGGUACCCCCUGGGGGUUUUAA